UUAAAAUUGCAUCGAUUCAAUUUAGCAGGACAAAGAAACAAAAGAGGAUCAUUUUUAAUUACGCGCUCAAGCCAGUCAGUAUCACUUCAGUCUCCACCAUUGUAGCUACGUUGUUUGUGCUUGGCAGACAAGGAAUUGGGGUUUUUUAUCAUUUUAAAUCUACUGAUACUGCAGACUGUGGUGUAUUUCAAAUUGUAGAAGAGUAUAACUGCAGGAUGUUCGAACAAGAGGCAGCCAACGAUGUCCAAGUGAAUAAUAACGUAGAAAUGCAGCAGCAGCAACCACAAGUGGAAAUGAGUUCCACAGAUAGUGACUAUUACAGCGAAGUCGAAGGCGAUUCGCCGAUCGAGAGUGAAGAAGACAACAGUUACCCAGCCGAUCAAGUCGUAUGUUCAGUUUUUGACGACUGGAUCGAAUUGGAUUUGUCUAUGGAAUCUCUCCGGUCGUUAGGUUUUCUCAGUGACACAGACUUCCAAGCGGUUUUGGAAUCUUUCGCCGAGUUUACAAGCCAUCAACUGCGUUUGGGGGUUUCCAGUCCAAGAGAGAUGGAAGGACUACUCAGAAAUCAUUUAGCUUAUCUAUUAUGGCGCCGAACUGUAUUUACCAAACUUCAUCAACUACCACCAAUUAGAGGGAACGAUUCAAGAGUCUGGCUGACGCAACUGCCGUUCCCCAAUUGAUUCUCUCAACAAUCCAGUCGUAUUUCCGGAAACGACAACCUGAAAGGACGGCAGCAGAUGCCGUCAGUAACAAGAGAUUCCGGAGGAAUUAGAAUUGAUUUUAUAAGAGCUCACGAAAAUGGUUUGAACGUUUACUCAAAAGAAAUCAUCUUAAAUCUUAUAGAAGUUUUUUAAAAAAAUAAUGUUUUUCAAAAUCCGCGAUGAGCAUAUAUUUUCCAAGUAUCUAUUUGAUCACUUAUUUAUCAUGCACAAUUAUCUUACUUGAUGUACGUGAAAGAUUUCACAAUGUUAUUAUCAGCAAUCACCCCAAUUGUUCUAAUUACACUAUUAAGCUUUUAACUGCAUUUCGUUAAGAUAAAUGUUCUUAUUGCCUUUCCCCA